CACCAACAGACCGGCCUCGGCUUGCCCCGCCACAAUACACUGAGGGGAAGCAGUCAAGAGAAGGGAAGGGAGAGCCGGUUUUCAUCGUCCAGCUGAGAAGAACGGAAUAGCUCGAUCGCAUGACGUGCGAGGUGGAAUCGAGGAUCUGCUGUGGAGGGUGGGCUGAAGAAAGAAUGGAAAGAGCUCGACGAUAAAUAAAAGCCGUCGGUAGACCCCCCUCACUCCCUCUGCCUUUUGCACCUGUUUCCCCCUUCUCCUUCUCCUCAACAUUCAGCUAAUCAAUUCUUCUUUUCGAUAACGCAUACAUUGACUGGAUUCCACUGGACUGAACCAAUUGGCCCAUCAUGGCUACCAAGAUCCGUCUCAUCCCCAACCUAAACUACAAGAGGUCUGGCACCAAGUCCUACGUGCACCUCAUGCGCAAGUACCGCUUCAACCCGACCAAGGAGGGCCCCUACUUCUUCGCUCCCUCCCUCCACCAAGUCGGUCGGGUAUACCACGAUAAGCCGAUCGGUGGCCGGGCGCACGUGCAGCAGACGCUCAAGAAGCGCCAGCUGGGCACCGAGCAGGUUGGUGAAGUCAGUGCCGAGGAUGUGCAGAACGACUCCGAGUAUCUGGCUCAAGUGAGCAUUGGCACCCCGGCGCAGACCGUGAGUCUGGACUUCGAUACAGGAUCCGCGGACUUGUGGGUCUGGUCUACCAAGCUCCCUUCUGCCACCAUCUCCGAGUACGGCAAGAGCCACAAUGUUUUCGACCCGUCCAAGUCGAGCACCUUCAAAGAAUUGGACGGCUACUCAUGGCAGAUCUCGUACGGCGAUGGCUCGUCGGCGUCUGGCUCUGUCGGGACCGACAACGUGGAUAUCGGCGGCAUCACCGUCAAGAACCAAGCUGUCGAGCUGGCCGAGAAGAUGUCGACAGAGUUUGCCCAGGGCGCCGGCGACGGACUGCUUGGGUUGGCGUUCGGCAGCAUCAACACUGUCCAGCCCAAGGCCGUCAAGACGCCCGUCGAGAACAUGAUUGCGCAGGACGACAUCCCAGACUCCUCGGCCCUUUUCACAGCUAAUCUGGGCUCCUGGAAGGACGCCGACGAUGCUGAUAAGGGCGAGUCCUUUUACACGUUCGGCUUCAUCGACGAUGCCACCGUGCAGUCCUCCGGACAGGAGAUCUCGUACACCCCUAUCGACAAUAGCCAGGGCUUUUGGAUGUUCAACUCUACUUCCGCCACGGUGAAUGGAAAGACGAUCACGCGCUCGGGUAACACCGCCAUCGCUGACACCGGCACCACUCUGGCGCUGGUGGACGAUGACACCUGCAAGGCCAUUUACGAUGCGAUCCCUGGCGCAUACUAUGAUAGUGAGACUCAAGGUUAUAUCUACCCGUCUGAUACCACGGAGGAAAAUUUGCCUGUUGUUUCGUUCGCUGUAGGCGACAAGCAGUUCGUCGUGCAGAAGGAGGAUCUAGGUUUCGCCGAGGCCAAGACCGGUUACGUCUAUGGCGGUAUCCAAAGCCGUGGUGACAUGACCUUUGACAUCUUGGGAGACACUUUCUUGAAGAGUAUCUAUGCCAUUUUUGAUGUCGGCAACCUUCGCUUCGGAGCUGUUCAGCGCGAGGAGCUGCAGCAGAACCUUUCCUUGCCCUCUGAGUCGUCUUGAUUGACAGAGGGUAGGGGUUUUUCAAUGAGUAUGUAUGAGACCAGCGUAUGUAUAAUCAGAAGUUAAAUCCAAUGAGAAUAUUUUGCAAAGAA